AUGUGCGAUCAACCUAAUAAUAAAUGCUGUACAGUAGUAUCAAUUGGACAAUUGGUAAAUGCAUCUUCUGAUAUAGAAUACAAGAGUAUUGAAGAUGAUGUAAAUGAGAUAGAUUACGGAAUGAAGCUAUGUUCUCACUGUGUCCAUGAUCUUUUUGUUAUAAGGAAGUAUCAAAAGGACAUUGAAAGGAAACCUUCAUUGUUAUUAAGGAAGUACGAGCUUCUAGAUAACCUUUCAAGAGUGAUCUCUGAUAUUUUACCUAACUUUCAGAACUUAUUGGAAUCAUUAGAUAGAUCUAAAAAAGAUGGGAACAUAUUAAAUUCCGAGGAUCUAACCGCACUGUCACAAUUAAGAAGCAAAUUAUUAAAGUCCUUUGUGUUAUACAACGAGACGGCAAAGAUUUUAUCCAAGAUUGAACCUCAGAAUAAUUCAGAAAGAAAAAUCCAAGAAUCAAUACGACAAGUUUCAUCAAAGUUUAUCAAUGAGACAUUAUUGCCAUUAAAAUCGGUCCCCGAUAUACUAAAUCCUAAAACUGAAUCGAAUAUAGAAGAUGAUACACCUGAAGUGACAACAUUGUCUGAACUAAUGAAGAAUGAUCUAUCGAUAAAAGAAAUCAAUAAUGCUCGUGAAGAACUGAUGGUAUUGAAGGAACAAGUAUAUUUGGUUGAAAACAUGAUAGAAAAGGCUAAAAAACAACGUAAAUUCGAUGAAAUUUCAAUUUUGACAGACAAUUUACAAGAUCUAAACUCACAAAUCCAAACCAUAGAGACUAAACUGGGUGAUUUAAGUUUUACUUAG